AAUGUGGCCAUAGGCUCUAGUUAUGACGUGUAAGUAGUCAUAGCGAAGGAAAUAAGGUAGUUUUAUAAACUGAAUAUUUUGUUGAUGUGAUUUAGGUAGCGUACUUUAAAUAGUUUAUAUGGAUGUCGUGUAAUGAUUACGAGAAUUAUUAAUUAUUUCUGCUUGUGUCGAAAUUUUUAGCAUACAUAUGUUUUACAAGUUCAAGUACUCUGUUUAUUGUAACUGUAAAAGUGUAAUAAGUCAUCGCCUUUCAUCUUCAGUUUUGAAAAUUGAAGUGAACUAACAGACUUAAGUCUGCAUCGACAUUCAUUUUUUACCGAAAAUUAUACAUUGCAUCCUGAAGAAAAUAACGAAUACAAAAUCUAACAACAUAGUAUGCACAGCACUCUUGUUUCUGUGCACUAGGUGAUUAAGUUAUUUCUCACAAGUGAAAUGGCAUCACAGAAGGUUGUAGAAUGGCUCAAUGAAGAAUUUGGCAAAGAUGUGUCAUCCUUAGCUAAGGCCAGAAAUCUUCAUAAAGAGUUAUUAGCUAAUAAAAGAGAGCUUGAAAACAAACUUUAUGUAAAACCAGGUGAUAUCAGCAAUAUUGGAAAUUCUUUAUUUCUUAAAAAACUUGAAGAAGGAUAUAAAGCAGUGGAAAGGAGCAAAAAAUUAAUUACAUCUUUUCAAAAUAUCAAACAUGAAGCUGCCAGACAUCUACAGAAAGUUGCUGAUCUUCAAGAGUCUUUCAAAGUUUACAUUUUAGAAUUUCAAGAGCUGACAGCUGCUGAAAAUUAUUUAAUGUGGAUUUCCCAAAUAGAGGGGAAAAAUGAACAAGUACAAGAAGCAGUUCAGCAGGGGGAAGACAAACAAGCGGUACCUUAUCUUUCCUGGUUGAUAAAUAUUUGGUGCCAACUUCAAACUUCAUCUUGCCAAACAUUACUGGAUUUUGUGCAAAAAACCAUUAUUCACUGGUAUAAUCUCCUCAGAGAAAGAUUUGGAAAAGAAUUUGAAAAGACUUUGCAAGUUCUUCAGUGGCCAAUUUCUUCAACCUCCACUUUCACAACUCCAUCUGUGGAAACACUUCAACGAUUUGAAUCAUUGUUUUUAUCUUUAAUUCAAAUACAAUUACCAGAAGAGAUUCUCAAGCAAACUAAUGAAAAGAGGGGCAAUAAAACAUCUGUAUCACUAAUAUUACCUCUAGAGUUGAUGAUACAACCUUUGCGAAAGAGGUUUGCAUUUCAUUUCAUGAGCAAUCGACAAACCAAUCGUUUAGAUAAACCAGAGUGGUAUCUUACUCAGGUGUUGUCAUGGAUACAUGACCAUGGAAAUUUUAUGGAUCACUUUGUUCAAGCCAUUCUGAAUAAGUCUGGUUUUCAGUCUAUACAAGCUAAAAUGGAAGUUAUGCGUGCUCUGGUGGAGUUAGCUGCUAAGAAACUUGAAGAAGAUGUCUCAGAAUUACUUUAUGAUGAUCUUUUGUUAACACACACAAUUGAUGAGGUGUUGUUGUUUGAAAAAGAAAUCCUAAGUAGGGGUUAUCCACAAAGUUAUCCAAGUAUACUCUCAGUCUUGUUGAGUGAGAAAUGUUUUAAUCGAUGGAUUAACUUAGAACGACAUUAUGCUAUGACUAAGGUAGAUGAAUUAUUGAAUUCUCAUACCGCUUGGCAAGUUUGUGUUCAAGACAUUGAACUAGAUGAACUAAAGAAACCAGAGUGUGCUGAAGCUUUUCUGACAUUGCUUUCAACAAUGACAGAACGUUAUAAAAACUUGAGAGAUUUACAUAACCAACUUCAGUUUCUUGAUCUUCAACUUGAGUUACUUGAUGACUUUAGAAUGCGCUUAUUACAGCUACGUUCUCAAGCUCAGGAUCCAUUGGAUUCUAGUUUUUGUCCAAUCUUAAAUACUGUUCAUUAUUUAAUUGUAGUUCUCAAAGAAUGGAGUAAUCUUCCUUUCUUCAUACAACUGUUAUAUCACAAGAUCCAUUCUCACCAAGAACAUCACCAGGAUAAAUGGAGUAACACUCUGAAAGAUUCACCUUUUUCAGAAUCCACAGGAAACAAAAUACAUUGGAAUUCAGAGGACAUACAAUAUGAGAGAUUUCUCCAUUACUCUGUCUUUGAUUAUAUUGUGCUGCUGUUACAACAAAUGCAAGAAGAUCUUGUAACAAAGGUUAUAGAAUGGGUGUUAUUGGAUGUCAAAGCAAAAAGUAGGCCUUAUAGGAAAGACAAGUGGUUCUCAAUGCCAUUGCUUCCUCAUGGGGCAGAGUAUUGUGUGUCUCCAACAGCUUAUUCUAUGUUAAGUGUAUUGAAGUCUCAUAUUCAAGUGCUACAAGAAAGCUUAGCACAACCACUAUUUAAAACUGUAUGGCAGAGAGUUUGUAAGGGACUUAAUAUUUACCUCUAUGAAGAAGUGAUUCUUCAAAAUUAUUUUAGUGAAGGGGGUGCUGAGCAGCUUAAGUGGGACAUGACUAGAAACCUCUUUCCAAUAUUUGGACGAUUUACUCAAAAACCAGAAAACUACUUCAAGGAAGUGAAAGAAGCCUGCAAGCUUCUCACCUUACCUCGUGCUUCAGCUCUCUUGUUAUUGGACACGCUUAACCCAAUACAAGGUGAACUGGUUGACAUAACAGCUGCCUUGGAAGAACAAGGAAUCUUCUCGUUAUCACUUCACCAAGCCUUAAAAAUUCUUUUUCUUAGAUCAGACCUUGCUAAUGCCUAAAACGUUGUGUAAAAUGUUGUGUAGUUUAAGAAGCAUAGAAGUGUUUCAUUCUGUUAACUUCAAAUCAGCUGUUUGUUUUGAAGCACAAGAAAAUACGGCUUUGAAUUUUCUACACAUAGCUUAUCUUGAAAGAAAGCUGACUAUAGAAUGAGUUUUUGAAUUACAUACUCAUUCUUUUGUUUUAAGUAAUUUUUGACAUUUAUUUUAUGCAAGCUUUGAAUUUAAGUUUUAAUGUA